CAAGGUACCAGAGACUGAUCCACUCUAUCCACCCAAGGAUAUUUUUUUUGCCAUAAUUUGCCAUGAAAAUAAUAACUCAAGGAUUUAUUUUGCUGUUGUUGGUAACAUUUUCAAAGUGUGCAGUUAUAACUGGGGCAUGCGAGAGGGACCUGCAGUGUAGCUUUGGUACCUGCUGUGCAAUCAGUUUGUGGCUACGUGGUCUCAGAAUGUGCACCCCAAUGGGGCUAGAAGGAGAUGAAUGCCAUCCAUUCAGCCACAAGGUUCCUUUCUAUGGGAAGCGUCUUCAUCACACAUGCCCCUGUAUGCCCAGCCUUGUAUGUGCCAGAUUUGCAGAUGGCAAAUAUCGAUGUUCAGUAGAUUUCAAGAACAUGGAUUUCCAUUGAACUGUGGUUUGUCUCCUUCAAAUAUCAUGUUCACUCACCUGCAUCCUUCUAAAGGAUUUGAAUUUCUGGAUUGUUUUUGUGUUUAGGCAGGAUGCUAUCUUUAUGCACUUGUAAUAUAGACUUUAAAACUCUGAGAAAUAAAUGUUUAAGAUGCUUGUUUUUUUGUAUAACAAAAUGAACUGAAGAGAGACAAAUGUACUGCAUUUUCAAUUUGCAACUUUUUCAGUUUACAUCUGAUGUUACUACAUAAAAAUCAUACAUUCACAUUGUUUUACAUACAUUAAAGCUUGAU